GUGAUAAAAUAGAAGGAAAAACCCUAUAAGAGACACAAAUGGUCCCGACAGGCAGACGCUGCGAUUACUUAAAAUCUCUAGUGAACUGUCUAGGGUUUGAGAAGAGGAAAAUGGAGCAAGAAACCGGCUUGACGAAACCGGCGGUGAUGAUAGCCUGCGCCGCCAUGACUUUGUUAUAUGUGGCUAUUCUCUAUGCUCCCAGUUUGAUCUUACGGCUUCCACCUCCUUCCUCUCUCAAGGAAUUCAUGAUCCGACGGUUCGUAUGCGCCAUUAUUUCUUCGAUAGUGUCUAUUAUUUUGUGCGCCCUUAUCCUUCCGAUGAGAAGCAGGGAGGCAGCUAAUUUAUUUGGCGUUUAUGGCAUCCGGUUUGACCAUAUUUGGCAAGCAGUGGUCAUUCCUCUCUCCUUGACUUCUUUAAUGUACGCUGGAUCUUUUUGCCUCAAGUCAUUGUUAUUGAUGGAGUCAUGGAAGGAGCACUUGAAUGAGGAUGGAGGCCUUUCAUUUGACUGCGUUAAACAUCUCCUGCAAAACUUUAUUGAUUGGAUGUCUUCAGCUGCUUCUAAUGUUUUGGCUUGGCGCAAUUAUGUGGUGGCUCCAUUAACAGAGGAAUUGGUGUUUAGAGCAUGUAUGAUACCUUUACUUCUUUGCGGUGGAUUCAAGAUAUACAGUGUCAUUUUUCUCUGCCCUGUUCUUUUCAGCUUGGCACAUUUAAACCAUUGGAUGGAGACAUAUAUCAGGCAUAACUACAGUAUGCUUAAGGCCUCCAUGGCUGUAGGACUUCAGCUUGGCUACACUGUGAUUUUUGGCUCAUAUGCUUCUUUUCUUUUCAUUCGAACAGGACACCUUCUGGCUCCAUUAGUUGCUCAUGUAUUUUGCAAUUUUAUGGGAUUGCCUGUGCUGUUUGCAAGGAGUAAAGGAAUAGUGAGUCUGGCAUUUGUAGCUGGAGUAGUUUCCUUCCUGUGGCUUCUGUUUCCUGUUACACGUCCAGAUUUGUACAAUGAUAGAACAAAUAAUUGUAGAUGUUGGCAUGGAUAUUGUUCCUGGAAUUAAACCUGUCACUCUUAAGGAUCAAAUUCUUGUUCUAAUUCUACUUUUUAUUUGCUGGUA